ACUGAUGCUGCAUGUUAGCUGAUUAGAUCUCGAAAGAUCCGAUUGGUGUUCUUGGAAUAAAACUUUCGAGGUUCUUUACCGUCCUCCUAAUUAUGGUUUUUAAGAGCAAAGUAACAUCGGUGGAGGACCGUACUAAGGAAACCAAUCGGAAAACAACGAACCGGUCGAGUUCGAGACUUUAUCAGUGCACAACGGAUUCCUGGACGCCGUCUGACGGGUUUGGAACGCGCGGGAACAUCCCUGGUACAGGCUGCUCACAAACACACUGCCAGAGCCAAGAAUUGCAUCAUCAUCAUCGUCAUCAUCAUCAUUAUCACCGUCAGUGUGCACCAUUUCGGCUGAUCUUUCGUCAGCACUUUCAUCAAUAAACUUUCCUCCUAUCGCCUUCCGUCUUCCAUCGUUCUGAUUGAUGCUAUCGGAUGCAUUCCAGCUAUCUAGUCAUUAAGGAAUGCAGUUUUGACGCCGAACGGAGAUAUAAUCCCAGAUCUAGGGGCGAUAACAAAUGGUUUGCAAUAAAAACAAUGACACGGCCGCAGCGGCAGAAUUACAGAGAACAACCAUCCUAGGGAAUUCCGUUUUGUUCUUUAAUAAUAAAAGGAGUCAUAGAUUUCGUUCUAAUGGUGUGGUGAUUUCUCAGCUAUAAAACAGUGUUGUUUUACGAAAGACCGAAAAAGGAUCAACCGAAGCUGAUUGAGAAGAUUUUUUUAUUGACUUCUUUUUUGCCUCCGAUCCGUAAUCGCGCGCUCCCGGGGUCCGUGUUUCAAGUGUUCGAUUUUCGGCCCGAAAAAAAGCAAAAGUUGGUCUUUUUCUAGAAAUUUUCAAGUAGGUUUCAGAAGAAGUAAAAGAAUCGACCCGCGCCUCUGGGUGGUACGUGUGA